UCAGCAAACUUUUUCUGUUUAUGCUAAAAACUGCAAAAAAGCAGGGAUUGAAAAUUAGAAACCAGCUGUGAACUUAAAACAGUUGAGCAUAAGCGUUAGGAACCACAUGUGGUCAGGCAGAUUAAUGAAGAAAAUAAAGCAGUCGUUUUGGUAUUUAAAUAAUAUAAUUAAUCAUGGGAUUGAUUAUUAAAAUACAGUUAUUGCUCGCAUUAGAUUCUGCAAAUAAAAUUGACCAAAACUUAUGAUUUUUACUGCCAUUAUUAUUAUUAUUAAACAAACCAUUAUACAGCUGGGGAAAAAAGGCUGCUGCCUAGAAAACCUGUCAAUACAAUUUGGUUUUUAAAGCAUAAGAGAAUUGAGUGUCUCUUUCUUCUUACUCCAACUGUGAAUUAUAUUAAAUUUCUACAAGGAUUGUUUCCAAGAUAUAGGGGAAAAAAUCUGGACAUGAUGUUUGAAGAAAACACCACCACAGUCGUCAAGGACUUCAUAUUUGUAGGUUUAACAAGCAGUCCUAAAAUGCAGAUCAUCCUCUUUUUAAUAUUCUUUCUCAUUUAUGUAACUACUUUGAUUGAAAAUCUAGGAAUAGUUGCUUUAAUAGGAACCAGUGCCUGUCUCCAUACCCCUAUGUAUUUCUUUCUCAGCAGCUUAUCCAUUCUGGAUGCAUGCUUCUCUUCUGUGUUUGCUCCAAAGAUGUUAGUGAACUUUUUGGCAGAUAAAAACUCAAUUUCCUAUACUGAAUGUGCAAUACAGAUGUACUUUUUUAUAGGUCUAGGGAGUGCAGAGUGUUUUCUCCUUGCUGCAAUGGCUUAUGACCGGUAUGUAGCUAUCUGCAAACCCUUGCUGUAUCCUGUCCUCAUGUCUCCCAAGGUCUGUAUUCUUCUGGUGGCAAGUUCCUAUGUUCUUGGUCUUUUUCAUUCUCUUAUACAUACUAUUUUUACUUUCCAACUCUCAUUUUGUGGUUCAGUUAUCGAUCACUUUUUUUGUGACAUCACUGCACUGCUAUCACUUUCGUGUUCUGAUACUUACAUCAAUGAACUUCUGAUCUUUUAUGUAGCUGGGCUUGUAGAAGUAAUCACCAUCCUGAGUGUAGCAAUUUCUUAUGUAUACAUUCUCACCAACAUUGUAAUAGGAAUUCACUCUGCCGCAGGCAGGAUCAAAGCUUUCUCCACUUGCACUUCACACCUCACUGUAGUCACCAUCUUCCAUGGGGCAAUCCUUAUUUUACACUUCCAACCAAAAUCUAGCAACAGAUCACCUCAUCAAGAUAUGAGUGACAAAAUUCUUGCUGUUUUCUACACAAUUGUUAUCCCCUUACUGAACCCUUUGAUUUAUAGCCUUAGAAACAAAGAGGUCAAGGAUGCCUUAAGAAGUUCUUGGAGAAGAACCUGGGUCAAAAUAACUAGAUUUUUUUUUGUUUAAAAAAAGCAACAGCUUUCCUAAUUUAGAAGAGCCAUGGUUUUGUAGUUAAUCUGUAAUUUUUUUUUCUGAAAUAUAAAAGUGGAAUGUUCUUUGCUAUAAAUGAUUCACUGUAUUCUCAACUAUUCUUCUUUCUGUGUACUUGAUGACAAAGUGUUAGGCUCUCCUCUGAAGAUCUCUUUUUUCUCUAGGCACAAGGUCAAGAGAUCAUGGGUUCGUGUUUAGCAAUAGCAUGUAGACUUAUAUACCACUUCACAGUGCUUUACAGCCUUCUCUGUGUGGUUUAUAGAGUCAGCAUAUUGCUCCCAACUAUC